AUGGGUCUCCUCGACCGCAUCAGCCCCAGGGCUAUUGUGACCUCGGCCCUGCUGCUUAGCACCGUCGCACACGAUGUCCUCGCCCGGCCGAGCCCCAAAGUCCCUUGGGUGCGCAAUAAGGGGUCUACACAAAAGAAGAUCUCGGAUGCCGUCAAGCGCGCCAUAAACGGCCAGCAGCGCCGCAAUAACAGCGAGCCCGAGCCCGAGCCCGAGUGCGCUUCGGUCUUGACCACCACCGCCAUUGCUCCCAAGACGAACAUCUGGGCGCCCCUGAGUGACGUCGAGACGGCUGGCGUCGUCGAAUGGCUCUUUGCUCAGGCGGACCUCAAUCUGACCGUGAGCGAGAAUGCCACGGCCUGGGACAAUAGCAUCACCCUCGUCGAAGCCCUGUGGCCGAACAAAACGGAUGCCAUCGCCUACAUUGAUGCCAAUGCCACGGCGCCGACCAAGUACGCCCAUGUUGUGCUGAACAACCGUGCAACCGAAAACCCCCACUAUGCCGACAUCGUGGUUGGGCCUCUCCCCGUCGACAACACGACGGCGACCUGGGAGCCCCUCACCUACCCUUACAACAAGCAGAGCGGUGGCGGUACGGUGCGCAACCUCGACGCCGAUUCAGACGCCCUGUACAGCGAAUGGAUAUACGUCAUCGGAGCAUCCGUUGCCGACAUCACGCUGGACCUGUGGAACGGCACGGCCGCAGGUCUUGACAACGAUACCCUCGACAUUUGGGGCAUCGACCCCUUGUGGCAAGACGACGGACGUAUAAUCCGUUGGGAUGCCUUCUGGAGCCUUCCAACCAGUGAUUUCGAUUCGGAAACGCUGCUACCGCUCGGUCUUUACUUCAAGUCGGACGUCACGGGUCGCGACCCAAGCCAGUGGGCGUUCGAGGGUUGGCUAUACAACAACACCUUCUAUGCCACCACAGAUGACUUCCGGGCUGCGUGGUCGUCUGAUUCUUUCAAGAAGAACGGCCCCAACGUCGACGGCGAAUGGGCGCACACCGACCAGCAGGGAACCGUAAUUCCCCUGGACGCAGCACCACCGCCGGUCACCGUCACCCCGGCCGGUUCCAGAUUCGCUGUCGACAAGGAGCAGAAGUAUGUCGAGUGGAUGGACUUUAGCUUCUACAUUGGCUUCACUCGUGACACCGGCAUGGCCUUCUACGACAUUCGGUACAAGGGCGAGCGGAUUCUGUACGAGCUUGGGCUUCAAGAGGCGCUGGCGCACUAUGCGGGCAACGAUCCGAUGCAGUCGGGGACGGCAUAUCUCGAUACUUUCUACGGAUUUGGGCCCUACGCGUUUGAGUUAGUCCCCGGCUAUGACUGCCCCGCAUAUGCUGAGUACCUCAACACGUCCUUCUAUGUCGAGGAGACGACGCACACACACGUCAACAGCAUCUGCUUGUUCGAGUACGUGGCCGACUACCCGAUUCAGAGGCACACGACGAGCCAUUACACCAGCGUCACCAAGAACACGUAUUUCACCGUGAGGUCCGUGUCGACCGUCGGCAACUACGAUUACACGUUCAGCUACUCGUUUUUCCUCGACGGGUCCAUCGCCGUCGAAGUCCGCGCUUCGGGAUACAUCCAGUCGGCAUACUAUGCAGGCAACGAGGACUAUGGAUUCCAUAUCCACGAUUUCCUCUCGGGCAGCAUGCACGACCACGUUCUCAACUUCAAGGCCGACUUUGACAUUCUCGGCACAAACAACUCUGUCCAGCUCAUGUCGCUGGUUCCCGUGGAAAAGAGCUACCCGUGGUCGGGCGGCAAGAAGCGCAGUACCAUGACGCUGGAGCGAUCGUAUGUUGAGAGCGAGGACGAGGGCCGCUUCAACUGGGCCCCCAACAGCGCCACCCAAGUGAUUGUGGUCAACGAGGGUGAGCAGAACGCCUUGGGCGAGAACCGCGGCUAUCGCGUGCUGCCCUACACGGGCACGUCGCACCUGACGGUCCAGAACAGCAGCAACCUGAACAACGCGGGCCGCUUUGCCGAGUUCGACGUGCAGAUCACGAAGCAAAAAGACACGGAGCCCCGCGCCGCCCAUGCCUACAACAGCCAGGAUACGUUCGACCCACCAGUUGACUUUGCCAAGUUCUUUGACGGCGAAAGUCUCCGCAACGAGGACGUCGUGCUGUGGCUGAACAUGGGCAUGCACCACGUGCCCCACUCGGGCGAUCUGCCGAACACGGUCAUGACGACGGCGCACUCUGGGAUACAAUUCAUGCCCAGCAACUACUUCUCCAUCGACGAGAGCCGCAAGACGGUCAACCAGGUGCGCAUCACUUACGACGAGGGCAAGACGUCCGACGUCGCCACGUUUGGCCAGGGCAUCGCCACGCCGUGCGCCCUCAACUUCACGCCCGCCGAGCCCGAUCUGUGGGGCUACACGGGCGACAUUGUCGUGCGCAAGUUCCCCUUUGACCCCAACAAUCCGUUCUACCAAACGGACUCGAUCGUCUGA